AUGCUAAAUGAUCUUCUUGUGCCUUUCUCAAACCAGUUCGUCCAAGCCCAUAGCAUCGAUACUGGCCAUGUCCCGCGAAGCGACAACGAAUUGCCCAAUGUAGCUCGACCGGCCGCAGUCAGAACACCUCCGUCGGCAUGCGGCCGUUCAGUCUCGCAUCGAGGAGCUUUGACGGAGGCCAUUCAGAAACACCAAGCCCCUGAUGAUAUAUCGCCCCUGGGCUCUUGCCCUAGCUCGUCGCCAACUAGUCAAGGACGAGACGACGAGCGCCAGACAAGCAUCGCUGCAGAUGACACAGCAAGUCAGCUGGAUGAACCCUGCGAAGAAACGGAAAGCGACCAACUAGUCGUCGUGGUUCCGGAAAAGCGUACAACCUUCGCCCUCUCCCGCCAAAAAGGCAACUCACCGCAGAACAAAAGGACGGCGGGGUUAACGAAAAGCUUGUGUUGCGUCAGCCCAAGAAGCGUAAUUCACGGCAACCAAAACAUAUUCAAAAAAAGUUUGGCCGCAAUUGCUUUCCCGGGUCUAGCUGGUGGGAACGAAACGGAAGCAGUUAUCUCACCAGCUGCUAGAAUACUCGCUAAACGUGAUCCCAACGGCCCUAUAUACGUCACCAAGGAUGAUCUGGAUAAUUUCGAGCGAAGACGGGUUAUUACCGUGCUUCCGAAGCAAGCGAUUAAGGUUGCAGGAAGAAUCAGGUACAUUAUUGCUGUUCUCUCUGCCCUGCAGAUUCAACAAAUGCGGGAAGCGUACUUUGCUGAAGUUAGCAGACUUCGAGCGCAAGGUUUGCCCACUGAGCAUCUAAGCCAUAGAAAUGCAUUAAAUGCCAGACGACAAAAGAGUAGGGAGGGUGUAACCGGCGCCACGCGUCUAGCUCUCUACUUGGAUAACAAUGUGGAGGUGUUCGUGGACAAGCUUGUUGCUCACCUCCUGCGACAGGAUGACGACAAGACCCUAGAAACGACGGACAACACCAAAUGUCUCUUGUGUUUUGAUGUUUUCAAGAAUAUCUCUAGCCUUACAAGACAUGUUAAGAGGCGCCAUACUUUUGACACAGAGUUCCACUGCCCAGAAUGCCGUCAGCAGGGCAGAGUCAAUAUUGUCCCCGCAGGCGGGCCGUCAUGGAGUAGCCAUGUGGAGAGUUUCCAUGGCAAGGAAUACACACCGAGACUAUUCCCGCAGAUGGUUCGGCCCGCGUACUGCCCAUUAUGUCAGAAGUACUUCACAAAGCUCGGGUUUCGGUCGCACUUUAAUAAAGCCCCCGCUGGAAAACUCAAAUUUUCGUUCAACUGCCCCGAGUGCCUUAGGAAUGGGCUUAAAGACGACAGUUCGGUUAUAAAAAGUCAUAGCAACUGGUCCUUACAUGUCGAGAACAUUCACGAAGGUGGGGUGGAGAUUCGAGGUGCCGUUGUUAGAGCGGGGAAGAAACGAAAGCGCUCGAUUUACGACCGCAGUGCCUACGAGGUUGAGAUGCAGAAGCCUCCAGACCGCCAUCAGGAUGAAGAAUUUUGGAACUCUGGGCGAGAGUAA